CCAUCCUGUCUUAUGAUGAUCGCUGCCGCGUUUUUGGUUCUCUUGAGGCCGUACAGUAUCCAAUGUGUGCUGCUGUUGUUGCUGCUUUUACUAGGAACUAUUGCGACUAUUUUGUUUUUCUGCUGCUGGCACCGCAGGCUCCGUAAUGGAAAGCAUCCAAUAAAAUCCGUGCUCUCUGGACGCCCCAAGUGCCGCGUUGGCAUCCGAACGCACCAUUUUCGCUCUGAGGGAUUCAGACACAGCCCACGCCACACGAGGAGAAGCGUGCAUCCUCGAGCCUCAGAAGAGAAGUCUGCUUUGGUGGAUGUCCCUGAGAGUAACCAGCUAUCAUCAUCCACACAACUAAGAAAACGCAAAGUGAAGAAGAGGGUGCUGCCAGAGUUUUACCAGUCUGUACAAGUCACGCCCACACGUAAAGCUAGCUCCAGCUCGGGGAACCCUUCUCAGCGCUGCUCAAUGUCUUCCUCGGCAGAUUUUUCAGACGAGGAUGAUUACAGUGUUAAAUCUGGAUCGGCAUCCCCUGCCCCCGGUGACACUUUACCGUGGAACCUGCCAAAGCACGAGCGGUCCAAAAGGAAAAUCCAGGGAGGUUCCAUCCUGGACCCAGCCGAGCGGGCAGUGCUCCGGAUCGCAGAUGAAAGAGACAGAGUACAGAAGAAGACCUUUACAAAAUGGAUAAAUCAACACCUGGUGAAGGUCCGAAAGCACAUAAAUGACCUUUACGAAGACCUACGAGAUGGACAUAACCUGAUCUCACUGCUGGAGGUCCUGUCUGGAGACACACUGCCAAGGGAGCGUGAUUUUCUGAAGACGUUGCGGUUGGUGAGUGGGACAGACGCAUGUGCGGUUGAGCAGCAUGGAGACACAGUGGAUGAUGAUAAGGGGCCUCGAGAGCGAGGGAGGAUGCGCUUCCACAGACUCCAGAAUGUACAAAUUGCACUGGACUAUUUAAAGAGGCGGCAGGUCAAACUUGUAAAUAUAAGAAACGAUGACAUCACAGACGGUAACCCCAAACUGACUCUGGGGUUGAUAUGGACCAUAAUUCUGCACUUUCAGAUCUCGGAAAUCCAUGUGACCGGGGAGUCCGAGGACAUGACAGCCAAGGAGCGUCUUCUGUUCUGGUCCAAGCAGAUGACAGAGGGCUAUGUGGGCGUACGAUGUGAUAACUUCACAACCUCCUGGCGGGACGGAAGACUAUUUAAUGCCAUUAUUCACAAAUACAGGCCAGACCUUGUCGAUAUAAGCCGUGUAUCAGCACAGACCAACCGAUCAAAUUUAGAGCAAGCAUUUUGUGUAGCAGAGCAGCUAGGAGUGGCCAGACUGUUAGACCCUGAAGAUGUAGACGUCCAGUCUCCUGAUGAGAAGUCAGUCAUCACCUAUGUGUCCACUUUGUACGAUGCCUUCCCCAAAGUCCCUGAUGGUGUCGAUGGAAUCAGCCCUAAUGAUGUGGACAUAAAAUGGGUUGAAUACCAGAACAUGAUAAAAUACCUCAGCCAAUGGAUCAAACAUAAUGUGGCAGUAAUGAACGACAGAGCAUUCCCCAACAGUCCUGCUGAACUUAAAGCACUUUAUACACAAUAUCUUCAGUUUAAGGACAAUGAAAUCCCCAUAAAGGAAAUAGAAAAGGCAAAAAUUCAAAACUUAUAUCAAAUGCUUGAGGUGUGGAUAGAGUUUGGACGUAUCCAGUUACCCCCAGGGCACCACCCCAACGAUAUCGAGAAGGAAUGGGGCAAAUUAAUCGUUGCAAUGCUGGAGAGAGAGAAGAGCCUACGGCCUGAGCUAGAGAGGCUCGAGAUGUUGCAGCAAAUCGCCAACAGGAUCCAGCGGGAUUGUGUCAAUGGAGAAGAGAGGCUGUCUUUGGCUAAGGCUGCUCUACAGUCGGAUGCCAAACGUCUUGAGUCUGGUAUCCAGUUCCUAAAUGAAGCUGAGGUGGCGAGCUAUCUUUUAGAGUGCGAGAACAUCCUCCGACAACAAGUGGUGGACAUCCAAAUUCUCCUGGAUGGAAAGUUCCCCUUCGCUGAUCAGCUCGUUCAGAGAGUCUCGAAGCUCCGUGACGACCUGCUGGUCCUGAGAGCCGAGUGCUCAUCUGUGUACAGCAAAGGCCACACCUUAACCAGCGAGCAGACCAAGAUGAUGAUCUCAGGCAUCACACAGAGUCUAAACGCAGGCUUUUCUUCAAAUAUACCCUCCCCUGCACUGGCUUCUGGACUCACCGCGGGGGGAAUGGUCACUCCUGGAUCCCCAUACACCUCUAGCCUUAGCCCAUGUCUUUCCCCGGGCCUCCCGCCUGUCUUAAGCCCAGGUCUGCAGUCUUCCCCAGUCCAGACCUUUAUGAGUGGCGGAGGGGGCAGCAUGGACACAGAUGGUUUCAGGCAUGCUAAACAGAUGCACAUACGAAAGCCUUUGUUGAAAUCAUCACUGGCCGAUCCAAGUAUGUCAGAAGACGAGGUCAACAUGAAAUAUGUGCAAGACCUGCUGACAUGGGUGGAGGAGAUGCAGCUGCAGUUGGAUCGCGCAGAGUGGGGCUCUGAUUUGCCCAGUGUGGAAACAUCCUUAGAUAACCACAAGAGCAUACACAGAGCCAUAGAGGAAUUUCAGACUAGUCUUAAAGAAGCCAAACUUGGUGAAAUGCAGAUGACAUUACCCGUUAAACUAAGUUAUUCAGAAAAACUAAACAGACUUGACAAACAGUAUGACAGAUUAUUGAGUUCCUCCAGAGACCGACAAAGUCACUUAGAAAGCCUGCACGACUUUGUAUCGAAGGCGACUCAAGAGCUGAUCUGGCUCAAUGAGAAAGAGGAGGAGGAGGUGGCCUUUGACUGGAGUGAUCGCAACAGUAAUAUCUCUAAGAAAAGGGACUAUCAUGCUGAUCUGAUGAGAGAGCUCGAUGACAAGGAGGAUGUGAUCAAGUCUGUACAAGACAAGGCGGAUCGGCUUUUACUCAAGAACCACCCUGCCCGGCUCACAAUAGAGGCUUACAGAGCCGCUAUGCAGACACAGUGGAGCUGGAUAUUACAGCUCUGUGCUUGUGUGGAACAGCAUUUAAAAGAGAAUGCUGUUUAUUUUGAGUUUUUCAGUGAUGCCAAGGAGUCCAUGGAUUACCUUAAGAGCUUGCAGGACACUAUACAUCGGAAAUACAGUUGUGACCGGACAAGCAACUUACACAGACUGGAUGAUCUCAUUCAGGAAUCAAUGGAUGAGAAAGAACAGCUGCUUCAGUACCGUAGUACAGUGGCAGGACUGGUGGGAAGAGCCAAGAGUAUUGUUCAACUGCGACCCCGUAACCCGGACAACCCAGUCAGGUCCUCCAUCCCAGUGAAAGCCAUAUGUGAUUACCGUCAAAUAGAGAUAACCAUCUAUAAAGAAGAUGAGUGUGUACUGGCCAGUAAUUCUCACAGAGCCAAGUGGAAAGUCAUCAACCCCGCAGGGAACGAGGCCAUGGUGCCGUCUGUGUGCUUCACUGUGCCUCCCCCAAACAAAGAGGCCAUCGAUGUCGCCACAAAGACGGAACAAUUAUACCAGAACGUCUUAUCGCUAUGGCACCACUCUCACGUCAACAUGAGGAGUGUGGUCGCGUGGCAUCAUCUAAUGGCUGAUAUAAGGGCUAUCCACAACUGGAAUGUGUCUUCUAUCAAGACAAUGCUACCAGGAGAGCACCAGCAAGUCAUUCACAACCUGCAGAUUCACUUUGGUGAGUUUGUGAAGGACAGUAAGGAGUCGGAGGUCUUCACUGUGGCUGACUGCGCUCAGCUGGAGAGGGAUGUGGCUACCUGCAAAGAAUACUACGAGGAGCUCCUCCGGUCGGCAGAGAGAGAGGAACACCAAGAGUCUGUGUACAACCAUUACAUCUCCGAGAUCCGUAACUUUCGGAUGCAUUUGGAGGCUCAUGAAGAACACCUCAUCAGACAGAUCCGGACCCCCCUGGAGAGAGAUGACCUGGACCAGAGUCUGCUGAGGAUCACAGAGCAAGAGAAGAAGAUGGCAGAGUUGGCUAAACUAAAGGAGGACUUUGAUGUGAUGAAGGACAAGUGUGAGGUCUUCAUCAGGCAGGCUGUGGGCUCCUCCUCUGCCUCCACUCUGUCAUCUGAACUCACAGCCCUGGUGCACAGCAUGAACCAAGUCCACUCCAUGUCAUUCAUUUAUAUGGACAAGCUGAAAACUGUGAGCUUGGUGUUGAAGCACAGCCAGAGUGCAGAAAUGUUAGUAAAAUCCUACGAAUCUAAACUGUAUGAGGAGGACGCCAUGAACUCUGACCUUAAAUCCAUCGACACAGUUGUUUCUACUCUCAAGCAAUGGAGGACAGAGAUAGAUGAACAGCAGGAGGUGUUCCACGACAUGGAGGAUGAGCUUCAGAAAGCCAGAGUCAUCAGUGACCGCAUGUUUAAGGCCCACAACGAAAGGGAUUUUGACCUGGACUGGCAUAAAGAGAAAGCAGAUCAGCUCAGUGAACGAUGGCAAAGCGUCCACUCACAGAUAGACAGCAGGCUCAGAGACUUGGACGGUAUCAGCAAAUCCCUCAAACACUACAAAGAGUCUUACAGCAGUCUGGAUGAGUGGAUCAAAGAAAUGGAGACUGUGCAGCUAAAAGCCCAAGAAAACAAGCCCGAGGACAGCAAGGCCCUAGCUGAAUUAUUAAACAAACAAAAGGUUCUUGUUGGUGAAAUUGAACAAAUACAAGGCCGGAUUGAUGAGUGUCAGAAGUACUCAGAGCAGUACUCCACAGCUGUCAAGGAUUACGAGCUGCAGUUGAUGACAUUCAGAGCCAUGGUUGACUCCCAGCACAAAUCUCCACUGAAAAAGAGAAGGAUGCAGAGCUCAGCCGACGCUAUCCAACAGGAGUUUAUGGAUCUCCGAACUCGCUACACGGCUCUUGUGACUCUCAUGACACAGUAUGUGAAGUUUGCCAGUGAAACUUUGAAGAGAACAGAAGAGGAAGAGCGGUCUGUUGAUGAGGAGAAGAGGGAGCAUGGGGACAAAGUUAGCAAACUCUUACACUGGAUGUCCAAUGUGAAACAAAACGUCAACCCAGACGGCAGUGCUCGUAAAGAUAGUAAUGCCAACACAGGCACUUCUAAUAAGCCCCAGGUUUCAAUGGAAGACAUGGUCACUAAAAAAGAACAGAUUGCAGAAGCAGUGAGGAUCACACAAGCAAUGCUGAACAAACACAGUGAAAAAAUGACAGAUGAGGAGAGAGCAGAGGCAGAGCAGCAGCUAAAAGAACUGAACCAGGCCUACAGCGACCUCUCCCAGCACUGUGCGUCACUCUCUGCAGAUGAGACACUACAUGAAAAACACAAGGAGUUCUCUGAGAAGCUGGAAGAAGUGUUUGAUAACCUGACUCUGACUGAAAACCGCCUGAUUGGUCAUCAGCAGCAGGCAGGAAACACAGAGUCUGUGAGUGAGCUGCAGCAGUACCAGCAGGAGCACCAGGCUUUGCAAAAGGAUGUGUUGACAAAUGCCAGUGCUCUGAAUGAGGUGGUCACCAGUACAAAGAAAUUCCUUGAGGAAAACAGGAGUAAGUUGACCCCAGAUGAAAUUGCCCAAAUCGAAAACAAGUUGGAAGAGGCUAAAAGCAAAUCCAAGGUCAUUAAUCAGCGGGUUGAAGAUUCACGGAAAGACUUAGAGAAAGUUGUGACAACUGCCAUAAAACAAGAAAGUGAAAAGGCAGCAGCGGUUGAACGGCUUGAAGAAAGCAGAAACAAAAUUGAAGGUCUUUUGGACUGGAUCUCCAACAUUGGAAAUGAGAAUAAGAGUAGCCCAGAUGAAACUGACCAUAUAAGCAAAGAGAAUGGCAACGUGCCGGGAGAGACUGCGGCCAAAGAGGUGAUGGAAGAGGAUGAUGAUGCCAAUGGAAAUGCCACACAGAGCCCUGAGCAGGAUCCCAGCCAAGAGAACGGCCAGAGCAGUGCAUCCAAAGAUUUGGACAAACAAUAUGCAAAAGUGAAGGCACAUCACCAGGCUAUUCUGUCCCAGCAGCAGGACCUGUUGAUUGCCACACAGUCAGCUCAGGCCUUACUUGACAAACAGGCCAAUGUCUUAUCUCCUGAGGAGAAGGAGAGACUACAGAAAAACAUCCAGGAGCUAAAGGGGCGAUAUGACGCGUCUUUGACCCAGGCCGAGCAGCAGUUGAAGCAGCUGCAGUGUGUCCAGGAGGAGCUGAAGAAGUUUCAGGAUGACUGUGAGGAGUUUGAGGUCUGGUUGGACCAGGCAGAGGAUGAGAUACAGAAGCUAGAGACUCCAGCAGGCUCACUCAAUAUUCUCACUGAUAAACUGCAGUCUCAGAGGAACUUCUCAGAGGAUGUCAUAUCCCACAAAGGAGACCUGCGUUUUAUAACUAUAUCAGGACAGAAAGUACUAGAUGUGGCAAAAGCCCCCGAUGUGGCCAACUCUGCUGAUAAAAGUACACAUGUGGAUACUUCAGGAACCUCUGCUUCAGUUAAGGACAAACUGGAUUCUGCAGCCACUCGAUACAAAGCUCUCCAUUCACAGUGCAAUCAGCUUGGCAACAACCUCAAGGAUGUGAUUGACAAAUACAAAAAAUAUGAUGAGACCAGCGCAGGCCUGCUCAAGUGGCUCAACAGCUCCGAGGAUGAGGCGAGGAAACAGCAAUCAGAGCCUAUAGCAGCUGAUCCACAAACACUGCAGAAGCAACUGGAGGACACUAAGGUUUUGCAAAAUCAGACGACAGGACAUCAAGCUGCAGUUGACACUUUACGUAAGACAGCUGAGUCUUUGAUUUCCUCUGAAGGGGAUCUGCUGAGCAAUACAGAUGAGAUACAGGAGACAGUAGAUGACAUAGUGGAGCGUUAUGACAACCUUUCCAAAUCAGUAAGUGACCGAAAUGAGAAGAUUCAGAUCACGUUGACCCGCUCCAUGAGUGUCCAGGACGGUCUGGAUGAGAUGUUGGGAUGGAUGGAGCGAGUGGAGACCAGUGUGAAGGAGAACAAACAGAUCCCACUGGACUCUGCCUCUAUGGCUGAUGCCCUCAGCAAAGAAACAGCUUUAGAGCAAGAUAUGGCAAGUCGUCAGAGUAGCAUCUCAGCCAUCAAAGCCAAAGUGAAGAAGUUUGCAGAGACCGCAGACCCAUCAGCUGCUGCCCUGCUCCAGUCCAACAUGGAGGCUCUCUCUCAGCGUUUCUCUAAUGCAUGUGAUCAACAAAAGCACAAAGUGUCCACCUUAGAACAACUUAAGAAAAAAGUGGAGGAUUUUGAGACACUGGCAGAAAAAGUCCAGCAAUUUGUCAUGAAACGUUCACAGGAGCUGCAUGAAACUGAUGGGCCUGGCAAAACAUUCACUGAACUGUCUGGAUUAAUGCAGAAUACUAAAGCAGAUAUGGAGGAACAUUCACGUGAUCUGGAGAAGCUGCAGAGUUUGUCCAAAGAGCUGUGUGAACUAAGCGCCGAUGGAAACAGAGCCCAGAUCCAGAGCAAGAUGGAUAACCUCACAAAUACCUUCAACUCUUUCAAAGAUACUGUCCAAGAAAAGGAAGAGGAAGUGUCAUCUUGUGAAGAUCAGCUUGGAGAAUUUAAAGCUUUAUCCAGCAGUCUCACAGCAUGGCUGGAUGAAACUAAAGACAAAGUCCCUGCAGUGGAUCCAGGUCGCAGUGAGAAGAGUCUGGAGAAGGAUCUGCAGUUAGCCACAGAACUUAUGGAUGAAUGGACUUCAAAAGGCUCUGAUGUGCAGCACAUGAACAGCAAAGGCUCUGCCCUGUGCAGCUUCAUCACUUUCCUUACAUCACCUGCAAAGUCAAAGAAUGCCAACAAAGCUCUUACUAACGGUGGUGGUCCGGUCAACCAUUCCUACCUAACCAAUAAAGAUUUAAUGGUGAUACAACAGAAGAUGUCUUUUGUCAAUGUGGAGUACACUAGUCUUGGGGACACACUCAAAAGCAGGGUCACUGAGUUAGGUGAUUUGGUUCAAGAGGUAAAAGAGGCUCAGAAAGAGACCUCCGACAUGAUGAAGUGGCUCAAGGACAUGAAGAAAACUGCUGCUUCUUGGAACGCUGCAGCCACAGAGAAGGAUUCUGUCAAAAGACAACUGGAAAAUCAGAAGUCAUUUGAAGAGAACAUGAAGGAGAAAAGAGAGGAGCUGCAGAAGCUGAGGGGCAAGCUUCUCCACUUGAUACAGACCCAUCCGAACUCUCCGGAGGCAGUUAAAUGGAAGCAAAUGCUGUCAGAAAUAGAUGCGGCCUGGGCAGAUAUUAGUGACUCUGUGGAGGAGAGGAAACAACAUUUAGAACAGUCCAACAAAAACCUUGACAUAUUCAAAACCAACGAGCAACAGCUUUGUCAGUGGCUCUCAGAAAAAGAGAUGCUGAUGAGUGUACUUGGUCCACUUUCCAUUGAUCCAAACAUGCUCAAAAUGCAAAAGCAGCAGGUUCAGAUUAUCCAGAAUGAGUUUAAGAGUCGUACUCCUCAAUAUGAGCAGCUUGAGAAAGCCGCCUCAGCCUUACUGAGCUCCAGUCAGGAUCCUCAGAACGAGAAACUUGUGAAGGAGCAGCUCACAGCGGUCACUCAAAAGUGGCAGAGUCUCAGUGGACAGCUGGACUCCAGAGACGGUCUGAUAGACCAGGCCGUGGUCAAGACCGGACAGUUUCAGGAGCUACUGAGAAGUCUGAGUAACACCACCACAGAACUAGAGAACCAGCUCACCAACCACCACAGCCAGAGUACCCAACCUGAAGCAGUGAAGAGACGCCUAGAGGACGUGCAGAAGAUCUCCGCUCAGCUCAGAGAGGAGAAGAAGAAAGUGAAGGAGGCAGAGGCCGUCAGUGCUGAGCUCCAAACACUGGUAACCGAAGACUAUCUGAGAGCAGACUUAACCCGGCAACUGGACAGUGUCACCAAGCCCUUCAGAAAUCUGGAGGAGAAAGCAGCCAAAUGUGUUGAAGAGCUGAGUUCAACCUUUACCAGUUCACAGCAAUUCCAUCAAACAUCUAAGGACUUCCAGUUGUGGCUGGGCGAGGCGCUCCAGGAGGAGUCAAAGCCUCAGUCCAUCUCAGCCAAAGUGGAGGUGCUCCAACAGGGUCUGGAGGACCACAGCAAGAAGCAGAAGGCACUUACUGAGCACGAGAAGGCCUAUAAGACUAUUGUUGCUGAGGGAGAGAGGCUGCUACAGAGCGUGGAUGGUGCAGAAAAACUGGCACUGCAGGGGCAGCUGACUGCACUGUCUACCAACUGGGAAGAUGUGAAGAAGAGCCACACUGAACAGGCAGAGAAACUACAAACUGCUUUACAAAAAUCACUUAAGUUUAAUGAGAAUGCUGAAAAGCUAAACUCCUGGAUACAGGAGUCUGAAAACAGAGAAGCCAAAGUCAAACUAACCGUGGAUCCCAUUGAGGUAGAAAACUCAAUUUCACAAGUCAAAGCUUUGCAAAAAGAUGUUGAUAAGCACAGAGGACUGGUUGAACAGCUCAACACAGCAGCAGAGGGCCUUAUGGAGGUGGCCAAUGCUGAUACAGACAUGAUCAAAGAGGAAAAGUCAAGUAUUGGCAAAAGAGUAGAUAGGGUGGUUGAGGCACUACAGAACAAGAAGGACACAUUGGAGCAAAUCUCACACAAAGUAAAAGAGUUUAAUGAUGGCUACAAAGAGGCACAGUCACACCUUGAAGGAGCUAAAAAACAGAUGGAGACAUUUGAAUCACAGGGCAUUCAGGCGCAUAGCAACAAGAACUUGGCCAACAUGAAAGCCCAACACAAAAGCCUAACUGGAGUAGAAAACCAGAUUGAGCACAUCAAGGGUCUGGCCAAGGACCUGGUGGUAGCUGUCCCAGAUGCGGAUGGUGUGACUGACCUCCUGCUGCAGAGUGAUAGUAUAGAGAACGAAUGCAACACUCUCAACAAGAAACUAGAGGAGACAUGCCAAGUCCUGGAGGGUAAACUGCAGGGCAUCGGACAGUUCCAAAACAACAUCCGCGAAAUGUUUACCCGAUUCACUGAUUUAGAUGACGAGCUAGACAACAUGGCUCCAGUUGAUUUGGACUUGGCUAAACUUAAAGAACAACAAAACAACAUAAGUGGUUUUAUCGGUAGACUUGAAGAGCUAAUAUCAAACACGUCUGAUGCUGGGGACAGAUGUAAGAAGAUGCUUGAGACUGAAGAUUCUCCUGAUCUGAUUGGACUCAAGAGAGAUUUGGACGCCUUGAGUAAACAAUGUGGCAAACUGCAGGACAGAGCUAAGAGCAGAGAGACACACGUGCAGAGUAUCCUUCAGAAUCUAGAGCAGCUUUAUGGAAAAAUCGAACAAGCGGAGCACAAACUCAACAAGGCCGCCGUCAAGCAAGAAUCACAGGAUGCAGUUGGUAUGGAAACGGAGGUCAUUAAUCAGCAGCUAGAGGCAUUCAAGGUUUUCCAAAAAGAAGACAUUGAUCCUUUGCAAACACAGCUUCAAGACAUCAACUCACUUGGCCAGAGUCUGGUCCAGAGUGCUGCGAAAGGCACCUGCACAAAGAAGUUAGAGGGAGACUUGGAGGAUGUUAAUGCCAAGUGGAAUACUCUAAAUAAAAAGAUUGCUGAGCGCUCAGCUCAGCUACAUGAAUCCCUGUUGCAUUGUGGGAGGUUUCAGGAUGCACUGGAGUCUCUUCUCAGCUGGCUCACUGACACAGAAGAGCUGGUGGCCAAUCAGAAACCACCUUCUGCAGAGUUCAAAGUGGUCAAAGCACAGAUACAAGAGCAGAAACUCUUACAGAGACUGCUGGACGACCGUAAACCAACAGUAGAGCUUAUAAAGAAGGAGGGAGGCAAGCUGUCUGAACUGACAGAGGCUGUGGAGAAAGAAAAGGUCGCUAAAGAGAUUGAGUGCUUGGGGCAAAGGUGGGAUACUCUGCUCAAGAAGGCAGAAAACAGACACAAGCAGCUGGAGAGCAUCCUGGUCGUCACUCAGCAGUUUCAUGAGACUCUGGAGCCCCUCAGCGAGUGGCUUGGUGGAACUGAAAAACUCCUCUCACACUCUGAGCCCAUCGGCACUGAGACGUCCAAACUGGAGAAGCAGAUUGCACAGCACAAGGCCUUAGAGGAGGAGAUCAUGAAACACAGUAAAGACUUGUUUCAGGCGGUCAAUUUGGGUCAGAUGUUAAAAACUGUGAGCUCUGUGGACGAUAAGGAGUUUGUUCAGAACAAACUGGAUACAGCCCAGUCUGGUUACAUAGAGCUCCAGGAGAGGUGUAGGACGAAGGCCGAGAUGCUGCAGCAGGCCCUGUCCAACGCUCAGCUGUUUGGAGAGGAUGAAGUAGCGCUCAUGAACUGGCUCAGUGAAGUGCACUCCAGACUGAGUCAAGUCUCUGUGGAGGACUACAGGACAGACAUACUCGAAAAACAACUCAAAGACCAACGGACAUUACAAAGUGAUAUUGAGCUGAGAAAGAAGAACGUGGACCAAGCCAUUUUUAAUGGGAUGGAGCUUCUGAAACAAACAACAGGUGAUGAGGUGGUUGUAAUUCAGGGCAAGCUGGAUGGAAUUAAAACAAAGUAUGCAGAGAUCAACACCAUGAGUGACAAUGUGCUGAAGACGUUAGAAAAGGUGUUAGGUCUUUCGACACAGCUGCACCAGACUCACGAGGAUCUGAACAACUGGCUCGAGAAGGUUGAAGCUGAGAUUAAUGCAUUUUCGGGUGUCAGCGAUCAACUCAGUGAUGUUCAGACUAGGAAAAAGGAUUUGCUACAAGACACUAAAAACAACAAGCCUGUGGUAGAUAAGCUGAAUGAGUUGAGUAGCUCCCUCCUGGAUCUGAUCCCUUGGCACACUCGGGAAAGCCUGGACAAACUGGUCACUGAAGAUAAUGAUCGCUACAAAAGUGUUUGUGAUGACAUCAGCAAACAAGUUGACCAGAUCAACGCAGAUAUACUCAAAUCUCAGCAGUUUGAACAAUCGGCUGAUACUGAGCUUGGUUGGUUGACUGAAGCAGAGAAGAAGUUACUGUGUGUAGAUGAGAUCAAACUGAUGCAAGACCAAACCACCGCACAGCUCCAGGCCCAGAAGAUGUUCUCUAUGGACAUCAUGAGACACAAAGAUGCUGUGGAUGACAUUGUGAGGACAGGAAAAGCUGUAAUGAACAACAGAAACCCAGAGGGAAAAGAAGCAAUAAUGGCUAAGACACAAGCCCUCCUGGAGAAGUAUGGUGUUGUCAGUCAACUAAACUCUGAGCGUUGUCUGCAACUGGAGAGAGCCCAGUCUUUGGCUGCUCAGUUUUGGGAAACAUAUGAAGAGAUGUGGCCUUGGCUCCAGGAGACUCUAAAGGCGUUCAGCCAGCUGGCACCACCCGCUAUUGAGUAUGAGACACUUAAACAGCAGCAAGAGGAGCUCAGACAAAUGCGAGAGUUGAUUGCUGAGCACAAGCCGCACAUUGACAAGAUGAACAAGACGGGGCCCCAGAUGCUUGAACUGAGCCCAGAAGAGGGAGCCCCCAUCAGAGAAAAGUACACUACAGCAGACCAGCUCUACACACAACUCAAGGCCGAUGUCAAACAGAGAGCUGCCACUUUAGACGAAGCUAUCUCCAAAUCCACACAGUUCCAUGACAAGAUUGACCCCAUGCUUGAAUCUUUGGAGAGAAUUGCUGAGCGUCUUCGGCAGCCUCCAUCCAUCUCGGUGGAGGUGGACAAAAUUAAAGAGCAGAUAGCAGAAAACAAGUCUGUGUCAGUGGAUCUGGAGAAACUUCAGCCUUCAUACGAGAUGCUAAAGCAAAGAGGAGAGGAGAUGGUGGCGCGGUCGGAAGGGGCAGACACAUAUACAUCUGCUAAAGUUGUGCAAGACAAACUGGACCAGAUGGUGUUCCUGUGGAAUGACAUCCAAGCUCUGGUGGAGGAGAGAGAGGCGAAGCUCUUGGAUGUGAUGGACCUGGCCGACAAGUUCUGGUGCGAUCACUGUGCCCUCAUAGUGACCAUCAAAGACAGCCAGGACCUGCUGAGGGAGCUGGAGGAGCCUGGAGUGGACCCAUCUGUGGUUAAGCAGCAGCAGGAGUUUGUGGAGGGCUUUAAAGAGGAGAUUGAUGGACUCCAGGAGGAACUUGAUGCAGUUCAAAACCAGGGAGCUGAGCUGAUGGCCGCCUGUGGCGAGCCCGAUAAACCUGUUAUAAAGAAAAGCCUUGAUGAGGUGGCAUCGGCCUGGGAGAGUCUGAAUAAAACCUGGAAGGAGAGAGGGGACAGACUUGAAGAAGCCAUGCAGGCCGCCGUGCAGUUUCAGGAUGGGCUACAGGGAAUGUUUGACUGGGUCGAUAUUCUGGAAAGCAAAAUGGAUUCAAUGUCACCUGUAGGCACCGACCUGGAAACUGUCAAGCAGCAGAUUGUGGAGCUCAAGGAGUUCAAAGGAGAGGCGUACCAGCUGCAGAUAGAGAUGGAGCGCUUGAACCACCAGGCUGGACUACUGCUGAAGAAGGCCACAGAGGAGGCAGACCGCUGCGCCAUCCAGGAGCCCAUGUCUGAGCUCAAGAUGCUCUGGGACAACCUGGACGAGAAGACCAUCAGCAGACAACACAAACUGGAGGCAGGCCUACUAGCACUGGGGCAGUUCCAACACGCUCUAGAUGAACUAUUGGCCUGGAUGAGCCAUACUGAAGAGCUCCUGAAUGAACAGAAGAAAACAGGAGGAGACCCCAAAGCCAUGGAGAUAGAGCUCGCUAAACAUCACGUUCUCCAAAUAGAUGUUUUGGCUCAUCAAACCACUGUCGAAACUGUGAACAAAGCUGGUAAUGACUUGGUGGCCUCUAGUGCUGGAGAAGAGGCCUCUAGUCUGCAGAGUAAACUUGAGAACUUGAACCUCAGGUGGAAAGCCAUCCUCGAAAAGACCGAGCAGAGAAAACAGCAACUAGAAAGUGCUUUGCUCCAGGCUCAAGGUUUCCAUGGAGAGAUAGAAGAUAUGCAGCAGUGGCUCAAAGACACAGAGCGUCAGCUGUUGGCAUCAAAGGCAGUGGGAGGCUUACCAGACACGGCCCGGGAGCAGCUUAACGCCCAUCUGGAGCUGUGCUCUGCCUUUGAGGCAAAGGAGGAGCUGUAUAAGGAGCUCAUCAACAAGGGUCAACAACUCCUGUCUGUGAUGCCCGAGGGCCCAGACAGCAACACAGAGCAAGACCUCGCAAAUCUGACGGAGAAAUGGCAAACUGUGAAGGCUAGGAUCACAGACAGAAAGGUUAAACUGGAGGAGGCUUUGACUCUGGCCACAGAUUUCCACAACUCGCUGCAGGACUUCAUAAACUGGCUAACUCAGGGCGAGCAAACACUAAACAUGGUGUCACCAGCUUCACUCAUUUUAGAGACCAUAUUGUUCCAGAUCGAUGAACAUAAGAUCUUUAUAACAGAGGUAAAUGCGCACAGGGAACACAUCAUUGAACUGGACAAGACCGGGACACAGCUUAAAUAUUUUAGUCAGAAACAAGAUGUAGUCCUUAUCAAAAACCUACUGAUCAGUGUGCAAGGCCGCUGGGAGAAACUGGUCCAGAGGUCUGUGGAGAGGGGGCGACUACUGGACGAUGCAAAGAAAAGAGCAAAACAGUUUCAUGAAAGCUGGAACAAGCUAAUGGAGUGGUUGGAUGAGUCUGAGAAGAGUCUGGACUCAGAGGUGGAAAUUGCAAAUGAACCAGACAAAAUCAAGAUUCAAUUGGCUCAGCACAAGGAGUUUCAAAAAGCUUUGGGCAGCAAACACUCUGUUUAUGACACUACAUCACGAACGGGCCGUGCCCUAAAGGACAAGACCUCCCUUCAGGAUGAUCAUCAGAAACUGGACAACAUGCUGAGUGAACUCAGGGACAAGUGGGACACAGUCUGUGGAAAGUCUGUUGAGAGACAAAACAAACUGGAAGAGGCCCUAUUGUUCUCAGGACAGUUCACAGAUGCACUGCAGGCCCUCAUUGACUGGCUGUACAGAGUGGAGCCUCAGCUGGCUGAAGACCAGCCGGUUCAUGGAGACAUUGACCUGGUUUUAAACCUGAUAGACAACCACAAGGUUUUCCAGAAGGAGAUGGGGAAGAGGACAGUGGGUGUGCAGGCGCUUAAGCGUUCAGCUCGAGAGUUGGUGGACAAUAGCCAUGAUGACACAUCAUGGGUCAAAGUUCAGAUGCAGGAGCUGGGCACACGCUGGGAGAGUGUGUGUAACCUGUCAGUGUCUAAGCAGGCCCGCCUGGAGCAGGCUCUGUGUCAGGCUGAAGAAUUCCACUCAUCAGUCCACAUCCUGCUGGAGUGGCUGGCUGAAGCUGAGCAGAGUCUACGCUUUCAUGGCACUUUACCUGAUGAUGAGGAAGCUCUGAGAGCACUUAUAGAGCAACAUAAGGACUUUAUGAAAAAACUAGAAGAAAAGCGAGUGUCCCUCAACAAAGCCACAGCGAUGGGGGAGGCUAUCCUGAGCAUAUGCCAUCCCGACUCUAUCACAACUGUCAAACACUGGAACACCAUCAUCAAAGCUCGAUUUGAAGAGGUGCAAGCCUGGAGCAGACAGUACCAGCAAAGAUUGGCCAAAGCCCUGACUGAGCUUUUAGCCACUAUGGAUCUGCUGGACAAACUGCUGAUCUGGCUUCAAUGGGCAGAAACCAACCUCGGUGAUAAAGACAAAGAAACACUUCCAGAGGAGUUAGAGGAGAUAAAGAAGCUCAUUGCAGAACAUCAAGCAUUCAUGGAGGAAAUGACCAGGAAACAACCGGAUGUGGAUAAAAUUACAAAGACACACAAGAGGAAGGCUACCGUGGAGCCUCGUGUCCAGUCGCAUAUCCCAGUGCUGGAAAAGGGAAGAACAGGAAGAAAACGCUCUACCACUCAAACAAUGUAUACUGCAGCCACACAGGCUCCUAUAGAGACCAAGAACCCACAGGUGAACCUGCUGGUCAGCAAGUGGCAGCAUGUCUGGCUGCUGGCUUUAGAUAGGAGAAGGAAACUAAAUGAUGCUUUGGACAGACAAGAGGAGCUGAAAGAAUUUGCCAACUUUGACUUUGAUGUGUGGAGGAAGCGCUACAUGCGUUGGAUGAAUCACAAAAAGUCCAGAGUCAUGGAUUUCUUCCGGCGCAUGGACAAAGAUCAGGACGGCAAAGUGACACGCCAAGAGUUCAUCGAAGGCAUCCUGUCCUCCAAAUUCCCCACCAGCCGUCUGGAGAUGAGUGCUGUGGCCGACAUAUUUGAUAGAGAUGGGGAUGGUUACAUAGACUACUAUGAAUUUGUGGCGGCUCUACAUCCCAACAAAGAUGCCUACAAACCCUUAACUGAUGCAGACAAAAUUGAAGAUGAGGUUACACGCCAAGUUGCAAAAUGUAAAUGUCCAAAGCGUUUCCAAGUGGAACAAAUUGGGGCCAACAAAUAUCGGUUUUACCUUGGAAACCAGUUUGGGGACUCCCAGCAGCUGCGUCUGGUGCGUAUACUGCGCAGCACAGUCAUGGUCCGGGUCGGAGGAGGAUGGAUGGCUCUGGAUGAGUUCCUUGUUAAAAAUGAUCCUUGCAGAGUUCAUCACUACGGGAGCAAAAUGUUGCGCUCGGAAUCAAACUCUUCGAUUACUCAGUCUCCUAUAGCUAAAGGCCGGACUAACAUUGAGCUGCGAGAGAAGUUCAUCCUCCCUGAAGGCACCACUCAGGUCAUGGCCAGUUUCCGCUACAGAGGUCGUAGGUCACGGCCAUCGUCCAGAGGUGCAUCACCAAACAGGUCAAUGUCCAGUCAGAGCUGUCCCGCUCACCAGCCCGUGCCUGUGACUGGGACACCCAAGACUCCCCAACAAAUAACCCGCAAUUAUGAUAAGCCAUGGCUUAGAAACAGCAAAUCUUCCACUCCUCUUAAAUCAUCUGACUCCUCUGGGAGUUCACCUGCAGAGAGUGCUUUAGUUCAAGGCAGCAAGUUGCGUCUUCCUGGAUACUUGUCAGGGAAAGGAUUCCAGUCCAGUGAAGAGGGAACUCUCAUCAAUGCUGCGGUGCUGAAGGCUCGUGCCCAGACUGCCGGUGAGUCAAAGAGAAACUUGAGCAGACCUGGAAGUAAAGCAGGGAGCAGAGGCAGUAGUCGCAGAGGCAGUGACGCUUCAGACUUUGACAUCUCAGAUAUUCAGUCCGUGUGUUCGGACGCUUCGGAGACUGUGGGCGACACAAGCCGGGCAACCCCCAGAUCUACCCCUCGCCAACAGGGGGCAAAACCCUCUAAGAUCCCCACACCUCAGAAGAGAAGCACUACCACAAGUAAACUGGCAAAGGUCUCAAAACGAUAGGCCUUCAAAUGAAUGAAAGACGUUAGCUGCAUCCAAACAUGAGACAGACACUGGAAACACCAGAUACUUAAGGACUGCAAAUGUGUUGAGUGUUAUUUAAACUGUUGCAAAGUUGUAAAUUAUUCUGUUAAGAGGCAAUAUGUUUUAAUAUUAAGUGCGAAUGAUUAUGGCCUUGAUUAUUGGUUUGUAUUUAUUUUUUAUUUUUGUGAAAAAGUCAGAUUGUUUGUAAGGUAUUUUAUUGAACAAAACCUGUGUAGGUUUGAUGAAAACGAGCAAACUAAACUAUUGUUUGUACACUAAUAAUGAAGGUAAUGUGAGAUAGAGCUCUGAGAGUUACUGAAUGUACUGUAUUUAUGUAUUUGCUCAUAUGUGACUGAGUGGUGCACUAUUCAACCAUUCAAGGCAUCGCAGUUGACUAUUUAAGUGCUAUGCUAAACUGCCAACAAGCAUUCACCACAAUGCAAUAUAACUCGAGCACUGCAAAAAACCUGUACUCUGUCUAUUUAAACCAAGUAGCAUAAGCCGUAAUCACAGCGCUUCACGUCCGCAGCCUGUUCAGUUUGACCACUUCAGCCUGUGCAUUCACCUAAAGACGACACUUUAUGUAAACAUUCUGUGUGCAUCCAUUUGUCAGUGUAUUUUUAAUUUCGGUAGAACUGAAAUUGUUCUUGUAAAAUUAAUUUGUAAUAAAUUGCUUGCACCAAGCUACCACUGAAA